GAGCGCGCGGUUCUCCUCGCUCCCCCUCCUGCAGCUGCCUGGUUCCCUCACUUCCGGUUGUCUGAUGGAUAGUUAGCAGCGGGCUGGCCUGUACUGUGUCCGGGGGGUUACUGGCUGUGGAGCUGCAUUGUAGGUCUAAAAGUAAAUACAUUGGACUGCAAGUUAUCAAACUGACCGGAUUCUAUUGACUACCUGAAGGACACAAAUCCACGUGCAACCAUGUCCUAUGUGUUUGUGAAUGAUUCAUCCCAGACCAACGUGCCCCUGCUGCAGGCCUGCAUUGAUGGGGACUUCAACUACUCCAAGCGGCUCCUUGAAAGUGGCUUUGACCCUAACAUCCGGGACAGUCGUGGCCGCACCGGCCUGCACUUGGCCGCGGCUAGAGGAAACGUAGACAUCUGUCAGCUCCUGCACAAGUUUGGAGCAGAUCUUCUGGCAACGGAUUACCAGGGGAACACGGCACUUCACUUAUGUGGCCACGUUGACACUAUUCAGUUCCUCGUCUCCAAUGGCCUCAAGAUUGAUAUAUGCGAACAACUGAUGGCCGUGGGGUGUGAGAGUUUCCAAUUGAGGGGAAAACAUGACAUGGCAGCAUUCAGGAGCAAUCACCAAGGGGCCACUCCACUUGUCCUGGCCAAACGCAGAGGGGUGAAUAAAGAAGUCAUCCGCAUGUUAGAGUCUCUGGAGGAGCAAGAAGUGAAGGGCUUCAACAGAGGCACUCACUCUAAGAUGGAAACCAUGCAGACGGCUGAAAGCGAAAGGUAUAUCCAAUGCUCUGAGCUGUUAAUGGAAAAGGGACACAGCACUAUGUCGGAAGGAUCCACAGAGGACGAUUGCGCUAUGGAAAGCCAUUCCCUCCUGAAUCCAAACCUGCAGCAGGGGGAAGGAGUCCUAUCCAGCUUUCGCACCACUUGGCAGGAAUUUGUGGAGGAUCUGGGAUUCUGGAGGGUGCUCCUCCUCCUCAUUGUCAUUGCUCUGCUUUCUCUCGGCAUAGCUUACUAUGUCAGUGGAGUACUGCCAUUCGUGGAGAAUCAGCCUGAACUCGUCCAUUAGAGCAGUGAUGCUUCCCACCUUUUCAUCCUUUUCUAGCACUGGCUGGAUUUUGGCCACUGCUCUCCUAGAUCGGACUUGUCUUAAUCACCCUUUCUUCGUUAACUGUUUAGAAGGACUCCAGGAAGCUUCUUGUUAAAGGUUAUUGAAGAGAUAGACUUCCUUUUGGAUUUUGAACAAAGAAUCUAGAGUAACGGAUUUGUUCCAUAUCAUGGUGGCUUGGCAACAUCGGGAAAACCAACUUGUUGGUUGACUCGUCAAGUGGCCCGAAGGUUUCCAGUGUAAAAGGUCAUUUGUGUUUUCACAAACAUUUCAUUCCUUCUCCAGAAGUGUUAAAACUGAUAUUCGGUUAUAUAUUGUUUUGUGUGUCAAUAAUGGUUUUGUUUAGUUAUUAUCUCUUUUAAUCAAUCUUGUGAUAUCUUUGUUAACAUGUCUUCAGUACAAACCUGAGAAAGCAUUAUAGGCUCAGUCUACCCCAGCUGAUAAUACCCUUCAAGAGGGUAGCAGGAGAGAUAAAAGUAAACUUGGCACUAGGGUCGUGUUCACAUGGUGGCUCAGAGGGCAGUUGACGGAUGCCUGGGAGGUGAUAUUUCCCCUCCACACUGCUUCCUUUAACAUUGAAAAUGCAGCACCUAUUACUGGUAUUUGGUGGCGGUACUUCUUACCGAAAAUUAGAGGGUUUCAUUUUUGCCACGGCAUGUGUACAGCCCUGAGCAGACGCAUGUUUUCUCGAGGGAGCUAAAAAAAAAAAAAAAAACGUGGCUCAACCUCCUGUUUUUGCCACCGCCCUUGCUGUCUUUGUGAAUGGGGCCAAAGUUAAAAGAAGAAAGAAAAAAAAAUGUGUUUCUCUUUGUCUAUAAAUAUAAAUAUAUAUAUUGACAUGGAAGCAGCCAUAUUUGUUUAUGUAUGCAGACGCUGCUUUUUUCUUAAUAACUUUGCUUCUUGGCUCAGCACACUCUAUAAGAAUGCAGUCAUUAAAGUAUGUCUAGACCUUGGGACAAAGGUUUUAUAUAUUGCAACUUACCAAUCCCUAAAUGUGGUGGCUGCAUUUUUUUUCUCUGCGCUUAUUUUCUGUUUGUGUAUUUUUUUUUUUCUGCAAGUACAGAAAAAUACCAAUUGAGCUCUUGAGUCCUUGUAACUUCCUGUGAACUGAACUGAAAUCUCAAAUAAUAGUAUGAGCUUUCUUGGCUACCUUCUGUGAACUACAGUUCCCUCUCCUCUAUAUAAUGGAGAUAAGAUGCUUAUAGCUCAAAUCAGGAGAGCAGUCUAGUGUGACCACACUGCUCCUUCAUAGAUACAGUUCAAGGAAUCUGUGUUGUCAUCCAAUGCAAGAAGUAUGUUACUGGCAUGAUCAGCAGGUGAAAAUAAAGGAACAAAAUAAUAUAUAUAUAUAUAUAUAUAUAUAUAUAUACACAUAUGUAUAUCUCCACUAGAGGGAGGAUUUACAAAUUUGUGUACACAAAUUAUAAUACAGGACGGCAAACAUUAUAGCAUAAUAAAUUUGCUUUUAGAUACAUUUUACAGUAAUAACGCAAAAUGCUUUCCUAGAACUGUCAGGGCGCUCCUAGGAUUUCAAACCUGGUGUAGCAGUUGCAUGGGGGCAACACUCUCCCACCACCGGAUCUUCAAUUUAUUUCAUAUUAUAAAGAACAUAAAAUGAAAACCAUAGUGAAGGAUCCUGUUGUAGCAGGAGUCAGACUAAAACAGAAUCUUGGCGAUCUUGCUGUUUUUGGCAUAUCCAUGACAUAUGAGAAUAAAAAACCCUGUUGGUCUGAA